AUGAGACCACAUACGCCUUGUGAAAAUACCGUUCAUGGUUUACUGUAUGGUAACAACAUACACGCAAAGGCGUUAGACUAUGGAAAAAGUAUGGAACAAUAUGCUAGAAUUGAAUUUGAAAAUAAAUUUAUGUUAAAGGUUUCUCCAGCUGGUCUAUGUGUGGUUUCUGAAAUACCUUAUUUAGCUGGGUACCUACAUGGCUUUGUUGAUCAUGAUUCAUUGAUCGAAAUUAAAUGUCCAUUCUUAGCAAAAGAUUGUGAUACCAUAAUUCAUGCGAAAUAA